AUGGGUUGUUUUUAACCUAAAGGCAUGAAUAAAAUUGUUGCAAUGCAAACUACAAAUAGGGAUUACAUCUUUACAUCAACAGCUGACAUUCAUAAAAUAUUUUCAUUUGGAAAGGUCUUAGGAAUUGGUGCAUUUGGCAAAGUUCUCAGUGCUAGAAGAAGAAAUAACAACGACAAAUAAUUUGCUAUAAAAAUGAUCGACAAAAAAACAGUCAAAGGCAGAGAAGCCAUGUUGGCAAAUGAAAUUUAUGUAUUAUAAAGACUAGAUCAUCCCAACAUUAUAAAAUUCCAUGAAGUAUAUUAAAGCGAACUGUAUUUCUAUAUAUGCAUGGACAAGUGUAGGGGUGGCGAACUGAUGGAGUCUAUCCCUAAAAAUUAAAAAUCAUAUACUGAAUGCCAAGUUCGAGGGAUUAUGGUUAAAAUUUUUUCUGCUAUCGCUUACAUUCAUGACUAAGGUAUUAUACACAGAGACAUUAAACCGGAAAAUAUUUUAUUUUCAGAUUGCGAUAUAAAUUCAGAGCCUAAAUUGAUAGAUUUCGGCCUCUCAGUUAAAUAUGAUGCAUUUAGCUACAAUAAAUUAAAGUCUGGAGUAGGUACUCCAGUGUAUUUGGCACCAGAAGUAAUUGAGGGGACCUACAAUGAAAAAUGUGAUGUUUGGAGUCUAGGGGUCUUGUUGUUUAAUAUGUUGGUUGGAUAUCCACCGUUUUAUGGCAAAAACCGAUAAGACCUUUACGAUAGCAUUCGAUAUUAAAAUUUAAUAUUUGAUAAAAAACAUUGGAGAAAUAUAAGCGAGGAAGUCAAAGAUCUGCUUAAACGAAUGCUUAACAAAAACUCAAUGGUUCGAAUAUCCUCUAAGGAAUGUCUUCAACAUCCCUGGUUCUAAUUGCCUUUUAAUGAAGGAAUACAGAGAGCUUCGAGGAGGAGCACUGGCUUCUCAAAUACUGCAUCAGAGGAUGAUUAGAGAACCUUAUAUUAGAUGCUUAAGACUUAUAGACUCGGAGCUAAAUUUAAAAGAGAAGUAAUGAAGGUUCUGGUCAAUCAAAUGAAUGAGAAAGAUUUAGCCAAACUUCAAUUCAUUUUUAAAAAGAUCGAUUUAAAUAAUUCUGGAAUCAUUACUGUACAAGAAUUGCAUCACGCUUUACAAUAAGAGGGUUCUCAAGCUACCUUGGAAGAGAUUGAGGAGAUUAUGGAAAAAAUUGGUUAUGACGUUGAUGAUAUGGAUGAUAUCACCUUGUCAAAUUCACAUAGAUCCAAUCUUAGGCCUGCUACUAUUAAAUAUAGUAAUUUUUUGACUGCUUGUAUUGAUGAGAGGAGAGUAUUCACGAGAGAGAAGUUAUGGUCUAUUUUCAAGUACUUUGAUACGAGAAAUGAAAAUCAUCUAUCUAGAGAAGCCAUAAGGGAAUCAUUUGCUAGACACGGUCGUUCAGUUCCAAAUGAAAUAAUUGAUUAAAUGAUUGCUGAAGUCGAUCCAUUAAAUGAGAAUAGGAUUCACUUUGAUACUUUCUGUUAGAUGAUGGGUCUAGCUGGAGUAUAAGAAACCUUAGAAUUCAAAGACGAACCCAAAGAUCCUUCAUCCUUAGCUCAUUCAAUAUAAUGA